AUGCACUGCUCCUCUUAUCAAAACGGGGUGAGGGGGAUGGUGAAUAAUCGCUUUGGUGGUCCUGAGCUUUCGGGAAGGGGUUCAGAUUCAGCCAUCAACCUCACAUACCUCGAACCCCCAUCUUUCAUUCUGGGAAACCUCCGGAGGGAUGGGGGCGGCGGCGGCGGCCAGAUCCUUUUAUUUUGUCGUUAUUUCUUGGGCGGGACUUGCCGUCGACUCAAUCGCUCCUGGUGA